CCCCCAGCCCAGUGACCCAGAUCUCAUGAUGAAGCCAAGGUAGCAGUUGCCUUUCCGUGAAAGGAAUCUGUCUCACUCAGCCCAAACUCCCCAACAUGCCCCUGCAGCUGACCAGGAGGGGCACAGGAUGGAGAGGAAGAGUGGGCUACCACAAAUUCAUGAGCUCCCUGGAGAAACAGCUCAAAGCACAUGUCUUGUGUAGCGCCACGAGCACCAUGUUUUCACAUCGAUGUGGAGAAAAACAAAGACCAACCAAAGGAGAAAAGCAAAGGCUAUUUAUUCAGAGCUCGGGGUCGGCCACCAUCAACUGCGUUUUGGCAGAGACUCAAGGCAGACAGAGGAGUGGGAAAGCUUUAUGGUGGAAAAAGGGAUGGAGCCAGGUGUGACCUGAUGGGAGCCUGUGGGGCCUGGGGAAGCUGUUGAUGGGCUAACCAGAAGCGGGGCAUCCUAUGUGACUAGUUAGGGGUGUAUAUUUGUCUUUCUCUGGUUGGUCCGAAGUUGGAAGAAGGGACGAAAAUUAGGGAAGCUGUCAGUUUGGGCCAGUUGUUACGGGAGCUAUCAUCUGACUUCCUGGGUUGUCAGAGAGACAGCAGGCUGCCUUCCGGGCUCAGUUACUGUAGAUAAAGGGUUGGUUUCCUGGGCAGGUUGCUGAAGGUUGUGGGUCAGGGUUCUAUUUUUAUAUACAGUCUGGCCACAUCUGUUUGUAGAUUCAGUCCCUCACCGAGGGCAGCAGGUUGUCCUCAGGGCUUUGCCCUAAGCAGGGCUUUUAGGACGAGACCCCGGGGCUUCGUUGACCUUGAGCCAAGUUGCCCUGAAGAUCAUGAACUUGUCUUCUGAGCUUUGCAACAUAUCGGAUUGGCUGAGGCUAGAAGCCACAGUGAAGGCCUCUUUGUACGUGGUUUCUUUCUCCUUUGCCACUUUCAUCACUGUCGUCAUUAUUGCCAUAGUGACACAGAAUUCGAAACUGAGGAACGAGGUCCGAUACAUCCUCCUUUGCCACCAUCUGCUGUGUAUCUCCUCCUAUUGCGGUCUGGGGGUGGUUUUCCAAGGGAUGCGGGCUUUGCUGGUCAGCAGCCCCGUAUUGAUGUGCUGGGUGGUGUUUGGGGCCCAGCUAAGUGUUGGAGAAGGAAUCCUCUUCACUCUGGCCUUCAUGGCUUUCAAUACUUACCUGGCCAUUUGCUGGCCAUUGAAAUCUCUGUCCUUUGUAGAUUCAGUCAAGUAUAGGAUUCUGGCUGGGACUUGGAUGAUCAUUAUACUCAAGAAUAUUUGCUUAUUCCUCAUAGAGAGCAGUCACUCCACUCAGGCUGCUAUUUUUGAAUCUGAACCCCUUUGCCCAGUGGUCUUGAACGGCACUCCUGCCAGAGCCAUUGGCAUGGCUUUCCUUUUCCUUCCUCUUUCUGUCAUUCUUAUAAGUUACUCUCUGAUAUACCAAGAAGGGAAACGGGCUGGCCAUUUUAACAGGUCAAAUAUCAAAGCCAGGAGAACAGUCCUCAUUCACUUAGUGCAGUUGAGCUUGCACGUAAUACCAACCCUGUUAUUCAUAGGUUUGGGAAAGAUGUGCGGAGUGUUUUUCUUUGCUUUAAAUCUGGUGCUCUUUGGAGUCUUUGCCUUUGCCCAGUGUUUUAACCCUCUGAUCUAUGGGCUCUGGAACAGAGAGCUGCAAAGCAGGUUAUACCAUUGGGUGUGCUGUCGGCUGUGGUGUGGUCACGUGACCAACAGCAGAGGUCCAGUUUAAACAAAAACCCAGCCAUUUUGAAUCUAUAACUCUAGCCCUAAUGAACCAUCAGCUAGGGUUGAGGACUUGCCUUUUACUCAAGCUAAAAUGGGAGUCUUGAUUUGAUUUUGAAAGUGAUAUGAGUGAAUCAAAGUUAUUCAUCCGGCUUACAAACUUGGCUGUUGCGUAUGCUGGACUGGCCUCAGUGAAAUCAUUUUAUGCCUUUGUACCUAAGCCCGGAUCAGCAUUUUUGGCAGCAUGCUUUACUGUGUUUCAGUAGUUGGGCAUCUUUUGAGAAUGCACUUGUUUUUAGAAACUGAGAAAUAGUCCAUGGUUGAUAGGGACUGAAGUUUGGCUAUUCCCCUUAUAUUAAUUAGGGGUAGGUUUAGCUACAUAUAAUAACAAAACAGCAAUAAAAUAACAGUGACUUUAAAAAGUUAGAGACUGAUUUUUUUUUUCUUAUGUGAAAGAAAUCUGGAGUUACAAAAUCCAGGCCUAUGUGGCAGCUCUGCAGGCAACAGGCUCAUUCUCUUCUACUCUGCCAUGAUUAAUGUACCACCUCAUGACCCAAGAUGGCUGUUGGUGCUCCUGUCAUCACAUUCACACUCCAACCAACAGGAAGGAGGAAGGCAAAGAAGACUCUGAACCCACCUUCUAAAUAUACUUUCUAGAAGUUACACUAAACAUUUUUUCUUACAUCUAACUGGCCAAACUUUAACCAUAUGGCCAUAUCUAGCUUUAAGGGAGAGUGGGAAUAAACUUUAGCUGGUUAGCAGUAUCUCCAGCUAAAAAUUGAGGUCUUUGAUACUAAGAAAGGAAGGAAGAAUGGAUAAUGCGAGGCAAAAUUGUUUCAGCGACCAUUUUCCUCUCAACCAAGUACAGUGUAAAGAAAGACAAUAGAUAAGUUAUGAUCAUCACAAAAACAUACUCUGCCUUCAAUAUGAUAUACAAAUACAGAGUUAACAGUUCAGAAUCCCAGAAAACUUUGUGUUACGUUAACAGA